AUGUUCUUCGGAUCCAGUCUAUUUAAGAAGUCAUCAUCGGGCACCUCUACUAAAAGCCCUCAAAUGAAGAAUGAUUUUGGUGACAUUGGCAUUGGGAAGCAUCAGUCAACAGCCUCAAACAGUCCAGGAGUUAUUAAAACUGCUCUUUGGGAAUCUAUUUGUGACGCCGAUUUAAACAGUUCUUCGGACCUUGAUGAAUCAAUGGAAUAUUUCUAUUCACGGGCCAACAUAUUUUCAUCGAAUCAAGAAAAGUCAAAUUCUCCGGUUUCAAGUACUUCAGCAAAAUCGGCAUCGGCAUCAAACUUAUCGAAUCCUCAGCGGUGGAAAACGCGUUUCUUUAUGCCAAAUGAGUCACCAAAACCACCAAAAACUCCCGAGGUUAACAAUGCCUCAUCACCUUUUUUGAGGUUCCAAUCCAAGCCAUCGGCAUCACCAUCAGUGAAUAACCGAUUUUCGUCAAAAUCAAGCGAGUCGCCUGCAACACAUUCUCCCUCGGUUUCUUCAGUGCUUGAGAUUCCUGAACAGGAUUCACUUCCAUCCAUCACUGCAACAAAAUCACCAAAGGUUACUCGCGUUGGUGACGUGUUUGAGAAACCGCAGGACUUUAUUGCAUCUGGAUCACGCACUGAAAUUUCUUCAAACACAAUGAACCAGGUAGACGAAGACGACCAGUAUCUCCCCGCUGACGAGAGGAUGAGUAAGUCUCAACAAUCUGCGGAAAACCAUUCUUACCCUCACCAGGAACAGUGCUCAAAUGAUGAGGAAGCCAGCCAUGUAAGCGGAAUUGAAAAGUUGCCUCUAUUGCAUCUAAAACUGAGGAACGAGGCCAUGAAGUUGGAGACUUGGAAAAAUGAAAUGGUUACCAAACUUAAGAAAAACGAAGAGGAACUUGCAGAGGCGAACACAUUGAUAGAACGCCUUCGAAAGUCAAACUUGGAGCUGCAAAUGGAUAGAGAAAACGCCAGUCUCAAAUUAAAAGAUGAAGUAGAACAAAGAGAGGCAACGGAAAAAAAAUCUCGCUUCAAAGGUUUCGCGAAGUCGUUGAUUUCUCAUCCAGGCUAUGGUUACGGUGGUUCUGUUAGUGGCUCAGGGGGCUUCUUCAUGCAAUCUGCUAUGCAAACAUGUAUUAAAACAAAAACAGUUCAGAAGUCCCUCGAAAGUUUAUUGGAGAAAGCGCUCCUUGAUUUUCAAGACUUGAAUGCCCAACUAAAUGUCAGCAAGGAGAACAAUCGUGACCUUGCUGAAAAGUAUGAACAAUUAAGUGAGAAACACAUCAAUGAAGUGAAUGCUCUUUCAACCCAAAACACGGGGUUAGUUGCCGAGGUGGAGACUCUUAAGUCAGAAAAGGAACGUUUCACUUCAGUUAUUAUGAAUCAGGAAGAAGGCCUAAAGGAACAGACAAAAAAAUUACGGAAUGCUUUUGUUAACAUGGAAUCAUUAUAUGAAGAUGUUUCUCAAGUGCGACUCAUAUUUGAGGAAGAAGUUGAAUUGCUGAAGGCAAAGACAGACAUCAGAGAUAGGGACAGCCGUGUAUCUGAGACCGUUCGAAAGUGUUCAGAGCUGUCUGAAGACCUGGCGCGUGUCAGCUCACUGCUGCAAAACUCGAAGAACGUUUGUCUGGAAAAGGGGCAGAAAAUCACGGCUCUCGAAGAGGAAGUCAAACGCUUGGCAAAUGCGAAAGACAAACUGGAAGAGGAAAUCCACUUGAAACAAAUAAACGACGAAGCGGAGUUACAGAUUAGACAAAAGGAAAUAGUUCAACUCACAGAAAAACUGAAUCGAGCCUUUCCAGUCCUGAUUGACUUGGUCAGUGAGAAAGACGAGCUUCUGCAUGAUUUUGAGCAGGAAAAAAGCUUUUUCGCGUUUAAGAUGCGUGUCAAAACACAAGAACGCAAGCUUUUAUUUAACCUCGAAGAACAGAAGAUGAUCGUUCUUGAAAAGGAAAGACUGAUCCAAACACUCAGAGAUGCCAACGAACAGGACCUCAAACAAAUUGAAAGUCUUAACUCUGAAUUGGCGAAACGCGAAGACGCCCUCAAGAGCCUCGAGGACACUCAAAAGUCUCUCUCCACUUCACUGGCACAUGAAAAGAAGUCCCACGAAGAAACUGGCGAGAAAUUGACACAGUUGCAAAAAAAUGAAGAAAUUCUUAACAAGGAAAUACUCGAACUAAGACACCUCUCCUCUAACCAAAAGGCUGAGCUCGAGAAUCUGACAGCCAAAAUUACUGCCCUCGAGCUUGAACAAAAUCACAUGAAUGUCAAGAACCAGGACAUGGAAAAAUGCAUUGAAUUGAAGAAUGAUCAAAUUAUGCUCCUGGGAGGACAAAUGCAGGAAAGUGAGCAUAAAAUACAGGUCCUCGAGGAGGCAGCCACUCGGGCAUGUCAAGAGGCACGCGAAAAUUCCGCUAAACUUGCUCAACGGGAAGUAGAUCUAGCGCAACUACGCAUAGAGCUUCAAACAGCAGAAUCGGAGAGAAUGGCUGCUGUGAAACGGUGUGACGAAGUACGCGCCGAGCUUCUCUAUGCGGUGGAGCAGCAGCAGCAGGAAUCAGACAAAGUUGUGCGUCAGAAGGACAAGGAGAUUGAAACUCUCCAGAGUGCUCUGUGUGCUGCCAAGAAGGAAACCGACAAGAGCUCCAAGCGAAAUGAAAAGAAGAUGGCUGAAAGCGAAGCGCAAGUAGACAAACUGAAGGACCAAUUAAGGGAUACUAUGCAGGAAAAGAAAGACUUGUCGAAGCAGCUAACCGUGAGCAAGCAACGAAUAACGAAGCUGGAGAAGGAAGUCAAUGAAAAGGUGGACUGUUUGGCCAGAAGUGAAAAGACAGUUUCAAAUCUCGACUCGGAGUUAGCGGACCUGCGCUGCGAACAGGCGAAAACAGUCGCGAUUCUACAUGAGCAGGAAACCGAAAUUGAAAGGCUUCGUCGUGUGGAGGCCGAAUUAGCCGAAUUAAGGCAGUCACUUGCCGAAAAUUCACCUCCCUGCCUGACGCAAAUUCCCAAGUCCAUCGAAAAUGACAUCAAGAAGACGCCGCGUUCGCCGUUUCUUUCUGAGAAGCUCAACCAACUUAAUCUCCUGAAAACGCCCCAAAGGACGCCAAAGAGCAUCCUUAAGCAACCUGGCUCGGAGUGCAAGCGUCGAAGGGUCCUUCUUAUUUCCCCUGAGAAAGACAUGGACAUGGACAGACAGUGUGAGGAGUUUGAAGCAGAUAUUGACAUCGUGGAGAGGGAAGACGACGGUUUUAUUCCCGCGACGCGCCCUCCAGUCACACCUGCGCCCUGGCGAACCCCACAUUUCCGGGGAACUCCUGAAACACGGACGGUGAACAUUCGAAAGACUCCUGGCUCUGGCGGCAGUCAACGCGGUCUCCCAACCAACAUGCGGCCGACAACUCGUUUAGCUUCGACACCUAAAACACCGCUUGUAGCAACUGACAAAGCCAAAGCCGGCGCCGCUUCAGGAAGAAACUCCAACGCCACGGUGUUGACGACAACGAGUUCUUCGUGGUUCGAUUCAGACGAAACGUUUGGCCUUAACACUGAGGAGUAA